GCUGAGAUACGUAGACAAAUGACUACCCUAACCACGCUUAAACAAAAUAACAGUAAACGACAUCGGGCUAGUCAACAAAUUCGGCUAACUGCAAAUCGUUGAUUUUACAAAGUAAAUUGUGGCAGAAUAUCGAUAGCGUAAGCGUUAAUAUUUCACUAGUUUAUUGAGAGCAUGUCUUCGUCAAUGACGGUUGUCGUCAAGAAACGGGAACGCACACAGAAUUGGAUACCCGAAGAAAAAAACGCCCUGUUUUCUCUUAUAAAACUCCACGCACGAGCCAUUGAGAACAAGAAAAUUGACGCUACGGCAUCCGCCAUGAAAACCCUUGCCUGGCAGCAAAUUCACUCCGUUUUUCGGGGUAGAUUUUCAACGGACAGAGAUAUCGUCAGAAUGCGUGAACAGUGGCGGCGUAUGAAGGCGCAGGCCAGACUCGAAAUUUACUCCUUCGCCGAAAAGGUUCGCACACUUGGACCGGAAGAAGCGUCGAAGAAUCAGCCCUCGACUCUUUCGAUCGAAGUAUGGCGAUUGAUGGAAAGAUCGAGAAACCAUAACGACGAAACUGGAUUGUCGAACGGCAGUGAUCGAGAUGAGAAGGCUGUUAGACCAGAAGGUUUUGAAAAACUGCUAGACAACAUGACAAAUUCAUCAACCCCGACAGUAUCGGUGCACGAAAUGAAAGUCGAAGCCAACAGCGAUGGAUUUAAUGAACACAAUGAUGAACAGCCGAGAAACUCGACAGAGCAAUUAUUCCAACAGCCGAAAAGCGAAAAUGGACAAUUGGAGACAACGGCAACAAAUCGAAAGAGGACCAAGAUGAACGAGGAUUCAUUCAUGGAUAUCGAACAAGGUGGGAGUGGAGAAUGCAGCAGUGAUGUGUUUUCUCAGUUUUAUCAAGAGUGCCAGCACAGCGAUGUGCAGAAAGCAAUUUGGAUUUUCGAAGCGACGCAGCAACAGCACAACUUGAAACUUGAAAUGCUCCAUCUCGAGCUGCAAAGAGCUGAACUUCAAAGACAGGCUGCUCUUAAUGAGCUCAAAAUUUCGGAGCUCAAAAAACAUCUGAUCGAAAAUCAAGCUGCUAAAUUUCACAGGUAAAUUCGUACAUCUGGAAUGAAUACACGAGACGUUGCGCGAUCGUGUCUCACAA